AUGGAUGAAGUUCGUGAUGUGGCACCAUGUAAGUUUACAACAUAUGAUAGGUUUAGUAUUAAUUAAUAAUUUAAACAUAGUGUAUUUAUACCAAUUUUAAAAUAUGAUUUCAUUUCAGUGAAUGAGCAACAGCAGGAUGGCAAUGGUAUAGUUUUUUAUAUACAUGUAUUUGUCUAUCAUUUACAUUCAACGAAUCAAGUUAUUAUUUCAUUUUGGUAGAUUAGGAUCAUCAUCGACUUCGCAAGCCUGGCUCUCUACUCACGCUUCCCUCCCUAACAGAGCCUGGCUUGCAAGGUUGGAUCGUCAUCCAGAUCGCAAUGGUAUGGCCAAUGUUGGGAGAACUUCAACAACCAAUGUAGUAAUCCCCUUGUGUAAUUCCAAACUAAUCAGGUGACAAGAAAAUGUACCAAAAGGGAGAAAAAGAUUAACUUUCAAAUAUUCCCUCCAUGGUGAAAUUGUGAAUGCAUGAUACAGGCCAAUAAUAAUCGCAGAUUUCGUAUGAACUUUGGCAACAUUUUCUUCUAUUUAACUGUACAUCUUCCUGUAGAUGAAGAGGAUGCAGAGCAGGUUGGAGGACCUGAAGAGGCGGUCCAGCCAUGUAAGUUUAGAAUAUACUGUUACUGUAAUAUAUCCAGUGUUGUUCAAUCAGAAUUAUAGUUAUAACUAAUACUAAUAUAAUAACAUGAUUUGAUUUCAGUGAAUCAGCAACAACAUCAAAAUGGUAUGGUUUUUGAUAUUUACUUAUAUCUGAUACUUUAUAAAAAUCUGUAA